AAUCAAUUAGUCGGUAGUUAUAAACCAUAAUAAAGAAAGGUGUAACUCGUUUUCAUAGGUUAAAAUAAAUCUAUUUCCAAUUUUGUUAAAGAUGGUAAACGCCAUCGAAGAAGAAAAAUUUUUCUUUAAGGGACAAAAUUAAGGAUGUAAAAAGGAGUUUACUAAAGGAAGUUUUGCGUAUGUGUAUGCUGGAUAUUUUAACAAAAAAAGGAUUAGUUUCGACCAGGGCAUUGGCGGCAGAGCAAAAAAAAUAAUCAGAAAAGAAGCUCUAAUAAGAAGACUUCUGAAAGCUGAUUGUUUUGACGACUGGAAAACUAUGGUAACGAAAUUUAAAAAAUCCAAUAAUAAAGAUAAAUAUUUCGACCGGAAAAUUAUCCCGCAAAUUUUUGCUCACGAGGACAAAGAUGAAUGGAGGUAUUUUGCCUUGGAGCCAUACAUUUCCACUUUGUACGAUUACUGCCGCUGUGAUGGACAGUACAAGGGACCAACGUUGCUCAGCAAAUCUCAAGUCAUUGAUCAAAUGAUCAGCGGAAUCAAGUAUCUGCAUAACUUAGAGUAUCCACACGGGGAUCUUAAUCCGCUCAACAUUAUCAUUUCUCGAGACGGGCGAAUAAAACUAUCCGAUUUCGGAUUGUCGAAACUUAGUUAUACCAAAUCAAACCAACCCGAUAAUCUCUCGAUUCAAAUUCCGGAGAUCUGUCGAAGGAAAUACUGGCUGAAAUAGACUUCAGGGAAAGAUAGUAAGCGCAACCAUGAAAUUGUGAACAGCGAAAAUCUAAAUUUUUCCUACAAAAGAGGGUGGCUUUUUCGCUCUGGGAUGCUUGAUUGUUUAUUUCCUUUUAACGGGUGUGCAUCCGUUUGGUGAUGAUAUUCAAGCCAUCGAAUAUAAUAUGAAGAACAACAAUCCAAUCAACUUGGAAAGAAAAUGACCAGAACGUUUAAUAUUCUUUAUGUAUGUUACAUACUACUGUAUUACUUAAAAUAAUUCAUAUCUAUCUAUUAACCAGAAUUGAACGAGGAUCAUAACAAGCCGUUUCAAUCUGCACUCGACAAUAUGAUACGACAACCGGAAAAUUUAUCGAAAUGGUGGCGCGAAGCUAUCAAACAAUUUGAAGAGACGCUAUUACGUAUAGUCAUUCAUUUAUUUUUCUUAUCCAUCAAUCAAUUGAUUUGUUUUUGAUUGGAUUGUUCGGAAUGUAACACUUUGCCGGAAGUGUCUACCGGUAACAUACCAAAAUAUGAGGAAAUAAACGACACCUGAGAAUAAGGUGUUAACCCAAUGGACUUUUCUUUCACACUGAUUUAUUUCUAGCACAAAAGUGGGCGGAUUACACACUUGGG